AAAGAUGGCGGACGGUUAAUGUCGAUUUCGACAUUUUUAGUUCUUGCCGAAGAAUACUAAUUUUCAUAUUUCACGUUAUGCUUUGAUAUUUCAACCAAAUCAGCCCUAAAUGGCAUGGAAUCUCUGGAGUAUGAUAAUUUGAUAUAUCGAGCGUGAGCCCCUUAGUUCAACGAUAUUUUCCACCGCUUACGGGAAAGUAACCGGGGUUUUGACUUUACAGGUGAUGAGAUAACUGAUAUGCAGUGAUCGCGGUAACGUUAUAAGAGUUUAUAAUGGAGUGCUAAGUCUGGUAACCGUAUCACAUUGAUAUAACACGACCGUUACCAUGACCCGUUACCUUGCUUGUUGUUGUCCUCAUGGUUUGGAUUGGAUCCUCCUCAUGCUAUCAGGGGGGCAACCCAUUAACUUAUUAUAUACGUAUAUUAUAUUGGUCCAAUAUUUAUUACGAGCUAUGCAUUGUGCUUUUUGUCAUAAUAUAACGAUAAUAGUAAUAUAUGAACAGUAAGUUAUGCAUUUGUACUUGUCGACGCCCGUUUUUCAUAACAGUAAAGAAGAAUCAUAUUUCAUAUCAUUUUUAGGUGUAUUUGGUCCAUUUUCCUAGAUUGUACAAAGAAUCGGAUAUAUGCUCGCAUUUUCAGCGGGUACUUGUUCGCGAUUUCGAGAAUUAUAACUGGGCCUGGAUAGUUCCCGUUAGUAUAAUCGUUACACAUUGACCCAGAUAGAUAGUUAACGAAGCUGUUAACUACCAUUAUGAUUUUGAUAGCAUAUACUUAAAUAGUUCAACGAUGGCAGUUGUACUAAUCACAGGGUCAUUGAUUGUGGGAAUAUUUUUUCUAAUUGCAUUCCUAUUUAGAUGGCGGAAGAUAGACAUACCUGGACCAAAGGGCAUUCCUUUCAUAGGAAAUGCGCUACAACUCUCCAAAGACCUACCAUAUAUUCAGAUUCAAGAAUGGGCGAAGGAAUUUGGAAAUGUCUUCAAACUUCAACUCUUCAGAGAAGAAGUUGUUGUUUGUAACGAUUAUGAAACGAUCAUGAUGAUAAAGUCAGAUGAUUUUGCGGGACGACCAAAAUCUUGGCGAUUCACAUUUGCAGUCACUGGUGGCGACAAAGGUAUCGUCUUUCAAGACUUCAACGAAUCGCUCAUGCUGAUGCGAAAACUUGCUGUCCAAGGACUCAAACAAUAUGGAGAAGCAUCUGAUCGUAUGGUUGAUAUAUCUAUGGAAUCGAUUAAAGAAUGCAUUGCCGAGUUUUUGUCACACAAUGGUGAAGCGUUUAAUCCAAUCGCACCCUUAGAUCGCUCUAUCACGAAAUACAUUAUGAAUUUGAUACUGGGAGAUAAUGUCGACUUCAUAGAGGAUGACUUCGUCGCUGUAGAUAAACUACAAUGUGGAUUUGAACACAUGGCACAAGGGAGUGGUCAGGAGUUGGACAUCUUCCCAUGGCUACGUCACUUUGGAACGAGAUCUUACAGAGUUUUAAUGGAAAUGAACAAAACUGGUAGUGACCUCUUCGAAUCAUGGAUUGAGAGAUUUAGAUCUAAGUCCGAAGAAUCAAACUCAAAGAAUACCAAACGCAUAUCAACUUUAUUGGGCGUAUUGCUGACAGCUUACGAUGAUGGGGUUAUAGAUAUGGACAACGUCAAUGGUGCAUUAUUUGAAACCAUCGUAGCAGGUACUGUGACUACCAAAUCACACCUUGACUGUUUCAUCCUGCUUAUGCUUAACUACCCGGAUGUCCAAGAGAGAAUUAUUGCGGAGAUACAAGGUGCAAUCCAUGCAGAUAAACUUCCAACUCUAGCCGACCGUGAAAAACUGCCGUUCACAGAGGCAGUAAUAUUGGAAAACUUUCGAUUCAUGUCCCCGGUUCCAUUGUGUAUUGCCCAUAAGACCACAUGUGAUACAAGUCUCGGGCAAUAUAAAUUGCCUAAAGAUACAGAGAUUUGGACGAAUGUAUGGGGAGCCCAGCAUGACCCCCGUUACUUCACCGACCCCCUUACUUUCAAGCCAGAAAGAUUUCUGGAUGGUGAUGGCAAGGCUUACAAGCUAGCAGAUAUCAAAUCACGGCGGAAUGUAGACAUACCUGGACCAAAAGGCAUUCCCUUAUUAGGAAAUGCGCUACAACUCUCCAAAGAUAUACCAUAUAUUCAGAUUCAAAAGUGGGCGAAGGAAUUCGGAAGUGUCUUCAAACUCCAACUUUUCAGAGAAGAAGUUGUCGUUUGUAGCGAUUAUGAAACGAUCAUGAUGACAAAGUCAGAUGAUUUUGUAGGACGACCAAAAUCUUGGCGAUUUACUUUUGUAAUUCCUGGUGGCGAUAAAGGUAUCGCCUUUCAAGAUUUCAACGAAUCGCAGAAGCUAAUGCGAAAACUUGCUGUUCAAGGACUCAAACAGUAUGGAGAAGCAUCUAAUCGUAUCGUUGAUUUAUCUAUGGAGUCGAUAACAGAAUGCAUCUCAGAGUUUUUGUCACACAAUGGUGAAGCGUUCAAUCCAGUUACCCCCCUGGAUCGGUGUAUCACAAAAUACGCUUUGAAUUUGUCCGAAUCAAACUCGAAGGAUUCCAAACGCAUAACAACUGUACUUGGCACACUACUGACAGCUUGUGAUGAUGGACUCAUAGAUAUGGACAAUGUCAAUAGUGCAUUAUUUGAAACCAUCUUAGGAGGCACUGUGACAAACAAAUCACACCUUGACUGUUUCAUCCUGCUUAUACUUAAUUACCCGGAUGUCCAAGAGAGACUUAUUGCGGAGAUACAAGCUGCAAUUCCUGCAGAUAAAUCUCCAACUCUCGCUGACCGUGAAAAACUGCCAUUCACAGAGGCAGUAAUAUUGGAGAACUUUCGAUUCAUGUCGCCGGGUCCAUUGGGUGUUGUCCAUAAGACUAUGUGUGAUACAAGUCUCGGGCGAUAUAAAAUACCUAAAGAUACACAGUUGAAUAUGACAAGGGGCACUUUGAAAGUGUCUAGAAAGACGGUGCGACAACGAGAGCGCGGGGCCGAAAAGCGCGACAAAGAAGAAAACGGAUGGCGGAAGAUAGACAUACCUGGACCAAAAGGCAUUCCUUUAAUAGGAAAUGCGCUACAACUCUCCAAAGACCUACCAUAUAUUCAGAUUCAAGAAUGGGCGAAGGAAUUCGGAAAUGUCUUCAAACUCCAACUUUUCAGAGAAGAAGUUGUUGUUUGUAGCGAUUAUGAAACGAUCAUGAUGACUAGGUCAGAUGAUUUUGCAGGACGACCAAAAUCUUGGCGAUUCCUUUUUGCCAUUCCAGGUGGCGACAAAGGUGUUGCCUUUCAAGACUUCAACGAAUCGCAUAAGCUAAUGCGAAAACUUGCUGUCCAGGGACUCAAACAGUAUGGAGAAGCAUCUGAUCGUAUGGUUGAUAUAUCUAUUGAAUCGAUUGAAGAAUGCAUUACAGAGUUUUUGUCACACAAUGGUGAAGCGUUCAAUCCAAUCACCCCUUUAGAUCGCUGUAUCACAAAAUACAUUUUGAAGUUGAUACUUGGAGAAAAUGUGGACUUCAUAGAGGAUGAUUUCGUCGCUGUAGAUAAGAUGCAUCGUGCACAGCAACACUUGGCGCAAGGGUUUGGUCAGGAGUUGGAUAUCUUUCCAUGGCUUCGUCACUUUGGCACAAAGUCUUACAGAGAUUUAAUGGAAGCGAACAAAGUUGGAAGUGACAUCUUUAAGUCAUGGAUUGAUAGUUUUAGAUCCAAGUCAGAAGAAUCAAACUUGAAGGAUACCAAACGCAUAUCAACUGUACUAGGCACACUACUGACAGCUUAUGAUGAUGGACUCAUAGAUAUGGACAAUGUCAAUGGUGUAUUAUAUGAAACCAUCGUAGCAGGUACGGUGACUACCAAAGCACACAUUGACUGUUUCAUCCUGCUUAUGCUUAAUUACCCGGAUGUCCAAGAGAGACUUAUUUCGGAGAUACAAGCUGUAAUUCCUGCAGACAAAUCUCCAACUCUAGCCGACCGUGAAAAACUGCCGUUUACAGAGGCAGUAAUAUUGGAGAACUUUCGAUUCAUGUCUCCGGCUCCAUUGGGCUUUCCCCAUAAGACCACAUGUGAUACAAGUCUCGGCCAAUAUAAAAUACCUAAAGAUACACAGGUAUGGAUGAAUCUAUGGACAGCCCAUCAUGACCCCCACUACUUCACUGACCCCCUUACUUUCAAGCCAGAUAGAUUUCUGGACAGCGAUGGCAAAGCUUACAAGCUAGCAGAUGUCAAAGCAUUAUUCCCAUUUGGAAUCGGGAAGAGAUCAUGCCCAGGCGAGAAAAUAGGAAUGGACAGGAUUUUUCUAUUUGUCUCAAAUAUGAUGCACAAAUUGAGAUUCGUCCCUGUUGACAAGGAUAAUAUUCCGUCGCUUGACCUGAAGACCUUCAGCGUUGCUUUCACUUAUCAAUCGCCUCCAUUCUGUUUGAAAGUAGAACCAUUGAACAAGAAUGGCUAA